AUGGAGACUGUCCAGGAGGAGCUGCCUUGCCUGCCGCAGGAUGUGCUUCAGCAUGUCCUGUCGCACUGUGUGGACGUGCGCACCGUUUCUACGGCUCGGCUGGUGUCCAAGGCCUGGCACAGCGCCGUGAGCGGCGCCGCCGCCGCGGUGGAGUGCUCCCUGCCCGGCAACGACAGUCCUGCGCACAAGCUCCAGCGCCUGCACACGGUUGCGCCGUGCCUGACGCAGCUGCGCCUCAAUAUCGGGCCCGGCGCCGGCAGCGAGCUGCUGGUGGACGCGCUGGCCAACGUGGCCUGCUUUGUGUUUGUCAGCUCCCUGGAGCUCCACUUCAGCGAAGUCCUGGAGCUGUCCGACGCUGACGUCACCGCCCUCGCCUCUCUCGGCCGCCUGACCGGCCUGCACCUGGUCAACGUGUCGGUCCCCUCCGGCCUCGACCUGCGCCCGCUCGCCGCGGGCCUGCCCAAGCUGCGCGCGCUGCGGCUCGUGCAGAACUCGAAGGUGGCGCCCCUGCUGUAUGGGGAUGACGCUCUGGCCGCGAUCGGGGAGAUGAAGUCGAUUGAGGAGCUGGACCUGCGGGGCCGCAUGUGCGGCGUCGGCGACGCGGGGCUGCUCGCGCUGCGCGGGCUGACGCGGCUGCGGGCGCUCGCGGUCGGCUGGGUGCCGUGGCAGAGCCAGGUGUCGCAG